CACAGCGUUAGUAAAAUGUCAUCCAGCUGUUGUUUCAUGUAUUUUGCUUAUGGCAGUAAUUUACUGAAAGAGAGACUCCAACUAAAAAACCCUUCAGCUGUGUUUCAGGAUACAAGAUUCAGACAGGAACAGGUUGAUGAAGGUGUGUACAGCCCAUUAGAAGUCAAAGUGGAAACAAAGGAAGGGCCACUUCUCUGCCGGACAUAUAAGAUGAACAAUUUCAGACCCUGUUUACCUUCACUGCAGUAUAAAAAGGUUGUGUGUUUAGAGGCUCAACAGAACAGCUUUCCUCAAAACUACAUACAGAAGCUUUUGGCACUGAAGACAAACAACUACAAUAAACAACUACAAUAACUACACUUCCAUACUGGAUCAGAUUACAGACAUACAGAAAUGACCUGCAUGAGAUGACCUUUUUUUUCAAAGCUUAUCAUGUCUCCCAAUCAUAAACAAAGU